AUGGAUUCUUCCCUUCGAAUGACGGUACUCCUUACCAUGCAGGCUCGUCGCGCCUCCGAUGCUGGAAAGACGAUCAAGACUUCAGAGAACCUCGCUCCCGUCCGUCUUGAUCGACUACCAUCCGAAAUUAUACUCAUCAUCCUCUCACAUCUACUCGACCACGACAAACUCUUCGCCAAAACUUGCAUCAAGUAUGCCCGAAUAGCGCAUGUGAAGAAGUCUGUCUUCCUGAUUCCGGACGAGACGAUGAGCCUACGAAAUUCGGCCAUCCUCUGUCGGAGCAUCAUGCCCGCUGCUCAGGAGUUGUUGUUACAUACGAUCUGCAUCGAUGAUCAGAAGCGUGGUCCAUCAAACCCAACAUCAAUCUUCUCCAUGAUGGGAAGGAUCUACAAUCAGCAUCCAAGCGGCCUCCUUCCGUUCUCGCAGAGCAAGUUGUUCAGGUUAAUUCGCCUGCUGAUCAACACCCCGCACCUUCGCAAACAUGUGAAGCAGCUGCAUAUCUCCUUGCCAGCCUGCCGAUACUCCAACGGCCAGCACGCUGCCGUCAACAAGUUGGAGGACGAGGUUGUGUCCGCGCUGGAGCCAGAGGUGGAUGGGUCAGCCCGCACUGGGGCACUUGUUCCUGCAAAGGCGCAAUUCCUGGGAUUCGGCCCUCUCAAGACAUUGUUGGGGCAGUGGAAGUCACGAGGAGAGUCUGAUGUCGCGAUGUCACAUGAGCAACUGUGCGUCUGGUUGAAAACACUACUAGUGUUACUUCCAAACCUGCAGAGCCUGAGACUGUGGGAUAUCCACUCCUACUCGGCUGAAUCCGAAUCCUGGGCUGACCUUCGCCGCAAGACAGAGCCUUUGCCUCGAAUCAUAAGGACCUGCUUGUCUUCUUCGCUGAUAGCUUUCGAAAAACUCUGCUAUAUCAGCAUUCCGGUCUAUCAGGCCUCGGGCGUCUUGAUCCUGCUGGACCUGCCUAAUGUCAAGACCGCAGAACUAACCAUAUUGCGUGGACGAGCAAGCCCCGAGAUACGACAAUCUACCGAGAUCAUAAAGCACGUUGAAAAUCUGCGAUUCCCUUUCGUCGACAUGGGAAGUGAUCCCGAUGAGUUCGUACAUGCGAUGGCCAGCCUCCUAGUGCUGUUCGAAAAUGUGCGUUCCAUUGAAGUCUACGAUGGUGUGGAUCACGACCAGCACCGAAGGUUCUACAACCCGUGGCUACUGGAGAUCUUCUCAACACUCACGCCAGCGCUCACGCCUCUCUGCGAGACCCUGCAGACGUUGCGCUACGCAGGGUACUUCAGUUACGCCGAGGAGUACUACUGCAGCUUUCCGGACCUCUCCGCUUUCCAUCAGCUGAAGACACUUGAUAUACCCCAACAGCUGAUCUUCGGCCGCGACAGGGAUUCGAUGGAUCCGCCGUCUAUCUCGGGGCCUCGCUGGACGUCUUCACGUCUCAGAAUCGAUCACCUCCCGCCAAACAUCGAAUCAAUGACCCUCGAUCGGUGUGACGGCGUCAUUCUCAAGUAUCUUAAGGCACUUGUGAAUAACGAAGACAAAUUCCCUGUACUUCAUCAGGUAGACGUCAUUUUCAACUGUCAACAGGGUAUGGAGAUGCUUGCUAGCCUGCUCGACAAGGACGGCAAGGGGGUUGAGGGCUCGAGGAUCAAAUUCCGGCCUAUCAAAGAUUACUGGGAGAAUACCGGUUUGGCGGCCCUCCUGGCAACGUUGGCGGCCUCCGCGGAAGCAUGA